AUGAUCAUACAAUGUUUUAACCAAGUUACAUUUACGCACACUAUUUUGUGUAAAACGACACAAUUUUUUAUUGGAUUAACAACAUUUAUCCCAAUCUUGUUAUUACUCAUAAUUGCAGUUCAGCGAUUUCUGAAAGUGUGUCGGCCCCUGAAACAAGCAAUGUCGCUCAAUGUAAAGAGAACUGCGUUGAUAUUAACAAUUGUUGUUUCCUUGUUAUGUGCAUUACAGUUACCAACAGAGGUUGGAAAACAAACAACUCUAUCUCAACCUGUUGGAUCCAAAAGAAGACGAAAGGAUAACCGUAGAAUAACUUACAAACUGACAGUGAUGUUUUUUGUUAUAACUUUGGUCUUUAUUUUUAGUUAUUUGCCGAAAGUGAUGUUGCUUCUAUUUGAAGGCUUAUACAAAGAUUUUGGGAAAAAGGGUCGAACACAGAAAGACCAGGAUUGA